AUGAUUGAAGAAACGGAUGCAGGUAGUGUCGUACGUUAUUUCAGGGGCAAGAACAUCCUGAUCACCGGUUCAACUGGCUUCCUAGGAAAAGUGCUUGUGGAGAAGAUACUGAGGGUUCAGCCUGGCGUGAAAAAGAUCUUCCUAUUGGUUCGAGCCACCGAUGAUGGAUCUGCAAAGCGUCGGCUCCAGACUGAGGUGACAGGGAAGGAGAUCUUUAAAGUUUUGAAAGAAAUGCAUGGCAAUAAGUUUGAACAAUUCAUUGAAAAUAAAUUACACCCUUUGGCGGGAGACAUAAUGUAUGAGAAUUUUGGGCUACACGACGUCCAAUUGAAAGAGCUGACAGACGAUGUAGACAUCAUUGUCAAUGGAGCUGCUACUACAAAUUUCUACGAAAGAUACGACGUGGCUUUCGACACGAAUGUCCUGGGAGCAAAGUAUGUAUGCGCAUUUGCAAAGAAGUGUGCUAAACUGAAGAUGUUACUUCAUGUUUCAACUGCUUAUGUAGCUGGUGAUCAAGAGGGAUUAAUACCAGAGAAAGCAUUCGUGAUGGGUGAGACACUAAGUGAAGGCACACACUUGGACAUCGAAUCCGAGCUAAAUCUGAUCAAAGAUACCCUGAUAGAACUGAACACUAAUUCUUCUUCAGAAAAGACAGAGAGGAUAACCAUGAAGGAACUUGGCCUCAAGAGGGCUAGGCAGUUCGGGUGGCCAAAUACAUACGUUUUCACCAAGGCAAUGGGCGAGAUGGUGCUGGGGCACCUGAGAGGCGACCUUCCGGUUGUCAUCGUUCGGCCUAGCAUAAUAAGCAGCCUCCUGAAGGAGCCAUUGCCUGGAUGGAUGGAAGGAGUCAGAACAAUCGACUCGGUGAUCAUCGGUUACGCCAAGCAGGCCUUGAAAUUCUUCCUAGUCGACCCCAAUACCAUAAUGGACGUGAUUCCAGGGGACAUGGUGGUGAACGCUAUGAUGGUGACCAUGGCCGCGCACUCGGAGGAACAAGCGCAGACCAUCUACCACGUGACAUCUUCGCUGCGCAACCCGGCUUCCUACACGAUUCUCCAAGAGACGGGCCACCGCUACUUCAUUAACAACCCACCGCGAGGGAAGAACGGCGAGCCCAUCCGGCUGAACAAGAUGUACUUCUUUAGCACGGUCACCUGGCUCCGCGCGUACAUGGUCAUCAAGUACAAACUCCCUCUCGAGAUCCUUCGCCUGGUGAACAUUGUGCUCUGUGGUGUUUUCUCGCGGCUCUACGACGAACACAGCAGAAAAUACAUAUUGGCCGUGAAACUGAUCGAGCUCUACGCACCUUACACCUUAUUCAAAGGAUGCUUUGACAAUAUGAACCUUGAGAGGCUGAGGAUGGCGACGGAGCAAAAUAACGAUGGAGAACAUUACUUCGAUUUCGAUCCCAAGACAAUCGAUUGGGACGACUAUUUCUACAGGGUCCACAUUCCCGGUGUGCUCAAGUAUCUGGCGUGACUGAGCUACAUCCAACCGGUUAAAUUUUCAACGCAAGUGCCUAGCUACAAAAUAGGAUGCAAUACUUGUUACACCACUCCUGCGAGUAUGCUUGAAGAAAUACUUAUCCAUGUUGUACAAGUGUAAUUUAUAUGUUCUUCAGCUAAUUUAAUAUGGACACGUGUCUAGUUGGUGCUC